UCCAAUGACAAUUUUCCGUUUUUUUGGGAUUUUGAAGAAGAGGGUCUGUAUCUGUUCAAAACUUGAAUUUUAGCCCUCCCUCUCUUUCUCUCGCACGCACCCACAAAUAUCUGCAAUCAAGAGAGAGAAAGUGCGUGGUCAUGGGUUCCAAACUGGCUAGUAGCUUCAAAGCGUUAGAGUCGAUAUUUUCCCGCCCAAAACACGAUUUACGAGCAUGACCCAGAUGGAUGAUCGGGUCCCUUUUUCGUUCAUUUUUGUAGUUCAUCGGCUCAAAGUUCUUCGUCUUUCACGGUGGUCGAUGCUAGCUGAUGACGGAUCGGCUGUAGAUUGCGACAAAUCCCCAAGAAAGAAGCUCAAGCCGAGCUUCUGCGUCGACCUUGAACCGGCUUGGAAAGUGUCCAAUAAGUCCUCGGAAGCUUGCGUCGAAAGCGAACGAGAACCUGACAAGCUCCGAUGCGAGUUCGAAGGGUUUCUUCGAGGUUCCGGCAAGGAGAUCUGCACCCAAAACACUUUUCUCCCUCUACCUCCAAUGCUUGGAGAUGGGCAACACGUGGAUUUGCUUAAGCUUUUCUUGGUUGUGCGAGAGAAGGGUGGGUGCGAUGCGGUUUCGGAAAAUGGGUUGUGGCAUUUGGUGGCUAAAGAGUCUGGUUUGUUCGGUUCGAAUCUUGCUUCGCCGGUGAAGUUGGUUUACAUAAAGUAUUUGGAUACCCUUGAGAGAUGGUCGAAGAGGGCUGUCGAGAAUAAGGGCUUGGAAUGCGGUUUGAAUAACAGCUGUGUAAGUUUCAGUGGGUUUUUGAUGGAGGCGCAUGCUGACCUUAGAGCUUCUUUAACAAAGGCUCCGGGUGAGAAGCAGAACGAGGACGAGGAGUAUCCACAUCUGGAAUUAUUAUCUGAGGAGGUGGAGUCGAAUGGGGGCGAAAAGUGUGCUGGUGUUGAGGGAUUGUCGGGUUUGGAUUUGGUGGGAAAAAUUGGUGAUAGUAAGAAAUUAUGCAAUGAAGGAGAAAGAGAGGAGAUACUGUUGGAUGGGGACGAGAAUGAUGUAAUCAUUGAGGAGAAACAGGUGUGCUUGGAUUCGAGUGAGAGUGUUGCGAAUGUGCAGGAUGGUGGAAACCUGUGUGACACUGAGGUAAAUAGUUUGGUAGCUGAGCAGGAUGGGGGCAAGAGAUGCGAUAUUGAUGACGAUGAUGUAGUGAUCUUGGACCCAGGGAGAUUUUGUGUUAAGAGGAAGCGGGAGUCUCUAUGUGGAAUGCUCAGCUGGAUUACAGGUGUGGCAAAGAAUCCUUGUGAUCGUGCUGUUGGUUCAUUACCAGAAUGGUCCAAAUGGAAGUCUCAUGGGAAGGAGGAGAUGUGGAAGCAGGUUUUGUUGGCUCGGGAGGCCAUCUUUCUGAAAAGACAAGUUGAUUCAAGUGCUGACCAAUGGCAGAAAGCUCAGAAGAUGCAUCCAUGCUUGUAUGAUGAUCAACUUGGCUCAAGUUACAAUUUUAGAGAGAGAUUAAGACAUGGCAAGAAGCUCAAUUCUGAGAAAACGACGUUUCAGGCACAAACUUGUUCUGAAUCACUCUCAGCCACUCAAAGUGGCUCAGACAAAAGUCCUUGUGCUGAAGUUAUGGAAGAUAAAGUCGACAAUCAGUUGCUUGGAAAUACUGAUUUAUUCACAGAAAACUCAGCACUUGACAAAUAUGUCCCAAAGGGCAUCUCUUGGAGGCCACGUUCAAAAGCUGAAGUGCAGGAAUGGACUGGUAUGACUUCUGAAAGUGACCCUAAGUGGUUGGGGACCCGGGUUUGGCCAUUGGAAAAAGUGGAGCAGAGAUAUCUCAUUGAAAGGGAUCCUAUUGGAAAGGGGAGACAAGAUUCAUGUGGCUGUGAAGUGCCUGGUUCUAUUGAAUGUAUCAAGUUUCACAGUGGUGAGAAAAAAUUGAGAGUGAAACGGGAACUGGGCUCAGCUUUUUAUCAAUGGAAAUUUGAUAAGAUGGGGGAGGAAGUCAAACUUUCUUGGACAAAGGAAGAAGAACAGAAAUUUAAGGCUAUACUGAAGUCAAAUCCUGCAUCUCUUCAGACGUUCUUCUGGGAUCAGAAGUUUUUUCCUACCAAGAGCAGGGAAGAUUUGGUGAGUUAUUACUUCAAUGUCUUUCUUAUGGAGCGCAGAGGAUACCAGAAUAGGUUUACCCCAAAUAGCAUUGACAGUGAUGAAGAUGAAUUAGAAUCUGUAUUAGUGACUAAUGGUACAGGGCAGGAAGCCGAGAAGUCACCGAGCUCCAUAUUUUAUUCCCCAAAGAAGCCACAUACAAAUCGUAGAUAACUCUGAUAAGCUGCCAACACAAUAUACUUUUAAGCAAUCAAGUGCUUCAGUGAGAUUGUGUAUGGCAGUUUUUGUUCACCUGUGGAGGUUUUCAAUGUUCUUUUGCCUGGUGUAUCAAUGGAGAAUCAAUCAUCAUUACCUCCUAGAAGUGAAUUUGAAGGGUUAAAAAGUCAUAUUGAGGAGAAAUUUUGAAGAAUAGUUAAGGUCAUAUAUACUUUUUGAGAUAUUUUUUUGUGUAUUCAUCAUGAUUACUGACAAAAACUACAGGUACCUUGUAUACUUCUAUAUCGUUUUUCAGCAGUUUUUUUUUACAAGGCUUAAACAGAAGCCUUGGGGAUAUAGGGGAAAAGGUUAGAAACUUGGCGUGCUGGAAUUCAGACUGUAGUCUCUCAUCCCUCAGUCUGUAAAUGCACCUGCUGUUACUUUCUAAAAGGGUGUAAUCACGAGUUUUUCUCUUACAAUUUCA